AUGACAAACGAGUCAUUGACUACGCCUCUGGCCUCUACUUUGGUGGAUAAAGGGCAGGCUACCGAUCCCAAUGAAGACUCGCAAGAGGAUAUUAGCCUGGGCGGUUCUAAUGGCGCUGCCUCGUUGUCUUCUUUAAAGGCUAUAAGAUCCGAAAAUGAAGAUGCAAACGAAAAUGGACAAACAGAUCAUAAUGAUAUUGAAGAGGAUCCGUUAUUAACUCGGUACCAUACUGCCUGCCAAAAGGGCGACCUAGCCACGGUGAAGGAAAUGAUACACGGCAAGUUACUAGAGGUUAACAAGGAUGGAGAUUCUGUUGAACACAUUACUGGUCUACAUUGGGCAAGUAUCAAUAACAGACUUUCCGUGGUUGAUUUUCUCGUUUCGCAAGGCGCUGAUGUCAAUUCAAAGGCUGGUGCCCUACACGCCACACCAUUACACUGGGCUGCCAGAUAUGGUUAUGUUUACAUUGUGGAUUUUCUGCUCAAGCACGGAGCAGAUCCUACCAUGACAGAUGACCAGGGUUUCAAUCUUUUACACUUGUCCGUCAACAGCUCCAACAUAAUGCUAGUUCUUUAUGUCCUGUUCAAUGUUGUUAGCAAGGGCCUUUUGGAUGUAGACUGCCAAGAUCCAAAGGGUAGGACGUCAUUAUUAUGGGCUGCUUACCAGGGUGAUUCCUUGACUGUAGCAAUGCUGUUAAAAUUCGGUGCCAAUAUAAAGAUCGCGGACACGGAAGGGUUUACCCCGUUACACUGGGGUACAGUAAAGGGUCAGCCACAUGUACUCAAGUACCUGAUUCAGGAUGGUGCAGAUUUCUUUCAAAAAACAGACGCUGGAAAAGAUUGCUUCGCCAUUGCGCAAGAAAUGAACACUGUAUACUCGCUGAGAGAGGCAUUAAUCCACUCUGGAUUUAACAACGACGGUUAUCCCAUCAAGAAAUGGUUCAAGAAAAGCCAACACGCCAAGCUAGUUACAUUCUUGACUCCAUUUAUAUUUCUGGGGCUUGCAUUUGCUCUUUUUUCACACGUUAACCCAUUGUUUGCUAUUAUUGUACUUUUUUUGUUGACCCUUGCAACCAACAAAUGUCUGAACAAAUUUGUUCUGCCGUCUUAUGGAAGAAUGGGCAUUUACAAUGCUACUUUACUAAGGUCACCUUUGUUCUCAGGAGUGUUUUUUGGCAGUUUACUUUGGGUAACCAUUGUUUGGAUUUGCAAAGUCAUGCCCUGGACAUUUGCCGAUGAAACGUAUACUAACAUACUAUUGCUGAUAGUACUUUUGCUUGUAUUUUAUCUUUUUGGCCAGCUUGUUACCUCGGAUCCGGGCUGUGUUCCAGAAGAAACUGACCAUGAAAACGUUCGGCAAACAAUUUCCGAUUUGCUUGAAAUCGGUAAAUUUGAUACGAAGAAUUUCUGCAUUGAAACCUGGGCAAGAAAGCCGCUACGGAGUAGAUUUUCGUCCCUAAAUAAUGCUGUGGUGGCAAGAUUUGAUCAUUAUUGCCCUUGGAUCUUCAAUGACGUCGGGCUUAAGAAUCACAAAGGAUUUAUAUUUUUUAUUACGUUAAUGGAAUGUGGCAUUUUAACUUUUUUUGUGCUUUGCUUGGAAUACUUUGAUGAGCUUGAAGAUUCCUAUGAGGAUGGAGCCCAGGAACAGGGCAAAUGUUUUAUUUUAGGCCACUCCGACCUCUGCUCAGGACUAAGGUAUGAUAGAUUUGUCUUUUUAGUACUCUUGUGGGCCUUGUUGCAAUCUGUUUGGGUUGCGAGCUUGAUAUUUGUCCAAACCUUUCAAAUAUGUAAAGGAAUGACAAACUCGGAAUUUAACGUUCUAAUGAAAGAAAAUAAAGCUAAUGGUGCUGACGGUAUAUCUUUUAAUGAGAACUUCAAUACUACACCAGAAGGAUUUGCUCCCUCAAUUGAGUUGGAUGAAGAUAAUAAUGAUGCAAUACUGGCUCCCGUUCCAGGUUCGACAUUGAGGAAGCCACGAACUUGUUUUGGUGUUUGUUUCACAGUAACUGGUAUGGACCAAUGGUUCGCAGUUAUAAAGGAGACUAUUGGUAUCAAAGAUAAUAGCGGGCAUAACAUAUAUUCCAUUACAUCGAAAAUUCCAACAAACUAUGGUUGGAGGAAAAACGUCAAGGAUUUUUGGCUUACAAGCGAUGUAAACGCGCCUUUAUGGAGAAGAAUUCUGUAUUCUCCCACAAGUUCUAAAGCCUUACUCAACGGGACAGAAGUCGACUACUUCAAGCUUUACAAGUUGCCAGUAAAGGAAUCAGAGCAAGGAAGUGAUAUGGUAUGA